AACUUAUUGGUCGAAGGGGGAUCCCACUAUACCGAAUCCCCUCUCUGUUCUUACACACCAUCUUCAUGUAUUUCAUACCUCAGGCUCACUUGUCUAUUUCGAAAAGAACGAAGGACAUAAGCCUAAUCUAAUUAUCUAGUGAUCAUACCUCAGCUAUUAGCUAAGCUCCAUUCUGGACGAUGUGAUUAUAAUGAAGUUGAUAUGAUACCUUAGCCCCGAGGAGUGUAAUUAUUCCUCAGCUCCGGUCAUUUCCAUUUAUCCUCAGCUAUUAGCUCCAUUUCUUUCUCCCUCUGCUUCGUCUCACUCUCUUUCUCCAGUAUUACUUCUCGGUUUUUCAACAUUCUUGCUGUCACUGUUGUCUCAGUCUUUGCCCAUUACACGCAGAAUUUUCUCCGAAAACAGGAAAAGAGAAAGGAUGGAAUACGCUGGUGAUGCUCUCAAAACAAUCAUCAGCCACACAAUAGAUCCUGCAGGGCGUCAGCUUGGAUAUAUUCUGUGCUACAAGAGCAAUAUCGACGAGCUCAAUUCUGAUAUGAAGUCGUUGGUGGAUGCUAAAGUAAGGCUUCAGCAUCGCGUUGAGGAAGCCACUCUCAAAGGUGAGAGGACUGAAAGUGAUGUUCGGAGGUGGCUGAGUGAGGCAGAAACUCAUACUGGAAAUGCGAGGAAGCUGAUCGAGGGCAAGCGCAAGGCAAGUUGCUUCUACUUUAUCCCCAAUCCCGUGGCCCGACACCAGCUUGGCAGGAAGGCAAAGAAGGAGGCCCUCACCAUUCGAGGUCACUGUGAAAAGGGAAAUUUUGAACAGAAACAGAUCUCCUACCAUGAUGCACAAGCUACGGGAGCUGCAGCUGCUGCUCCAUCCCCUUCGGAGUCGGCCCAGCUUCUUGUACCCCUCGAGUCGAGGGCUUUGAUCGUGACUAAGAUCAUGGAAGCCUUGGAGGAUAAUAAUGUCAGGAGGAUUGGUGUCCACGGAAUGGGUGGUGUUGGCAAGACCACCCUCCUGGAUGAAGUUGAGAGGAAGGCCAAGGAGUCGAACAAGUUUAAUGAAGUUAUAAGGAAGCUUAUAUCGAAGAACCCAAAUGUUGGGGUAAUCGGAGCGGAAAUCUCGCACAUAUUGGGCAUGCUCGACAAGAAAGAUGAUGGGAGAGGUUCUGCAGAAAAAGAUGGGAGGGGUUCUGCAGAACAAAAUGGGAGAGGUUCUGCGGAACAAGAUGGGAGGGGUUCUGGAAAGAAGAAGGCCUUCAUUAUCCUUGAUGAUCUAUGGGAGGAGCUUCACUUGAAGCGGAUCGGGAUUGAAGAUAGCUACGAGAAUGUGGAAGUGAAGUUGCUGCUCACCUCCCGAAAACAAGAUCUGCUGGCUGAAAAAAUGGAUUGCCGACCAAACCUCCAUCUUCCUCACUUGAGUCCGGAGGAAACAGCAAAGUUGUUUGCUGCGAUAGCAGGUAACGAAUUUAGGGACCCUAAAACGGAUACUCUGGCAGCUAAACUAGUCGAUAAAUGUGGGGGCUUGCCUAUUCUAAUCCUGCCGCUGGCAAGAAUGUUGAAGAACGAGGCUUUCUCUACUUUGAAAGAAGCAGUCGAGCACAUUAACAAAUCAGAAGCUGCUUACUCGACCCUGGAGUUGAGUUAUCAGUCUUUAGAAGAAGAGAAGUACAAGGAGUUGUUCCUACUUUGCGGUCUCAUGGGAAACCAGAACAUCCCAGUACGCAACCUGCUCAAGUACAGUAUAGGCUUGGGCUCAUUUGGUGGCACCAAUGUCGUGGAAAGAGCUAGGAGAGAAAUGGUUGAAUCACUUCGGAAGCUUAAAGCCUCGUCACUGCUGCUCCAAGGUGACGACAACGAUCAUGUCAAAAUCCACGACGUGGUUCGUGAAUUUUCAACAAAAAUCGCAAACAAAGAUGGCGGUCAUUUGGUGUUCAGCACCUUUAUUUCACAUGCGGGAGAUUACGCCAAUGCCCAAGGGGAUGACUUCAAUGCUCAAAAUUCCAUAUCCAAAGGAAACCGUUUCAAAGUCCCAAAUUUCUUUUUCAAAGGCAUGAGGAAGCUUAGAGUCUUAGAUAUUAGGAGUGAAAACUUUACCUCCUUACCUCCAUCAGUUCGUUUGCUGCAAAAUUUGACAACAUUAUGUCUGGACAAUUGCGUCAUAGAGGAUAUUAGCAUCAUUGGGAAGCUAAAGGGACUGCAAGUCCUCAGCUUCAUGGGUUCUGAGAUUGAGCAUUUGCCAAAAGAGCUAGGAGGACUAACCAAUCUGGUACUAUUGGAUUUGAGCAAAUGCUCGAAGCUAAAAGUGAUAGAACAAGGGGUACUGGAAAGACUGACCAAACUGGAGGAUUUGUAUCUCGAAGAAAGUUUCGACCAGUGGGAGGGCGAAGGAGAUGCAGUGCAAGUUAAUGCUAGGCUUGCUGAGUUAAACAACUUGCCUCAGCUAAGGACACUAGAUGUGCAUAUUGUCGAUCCCAUGUUGCUCCAUCAGGACCUGCCGUUUGGAACAUUGGAAAGAUAUCGAAUACUUGUUGGUAAAUGGGAUUGGUCAGGCACCUAUGAAGAGCUACGGACGAUGAAGCUUGAGGUGGUGAGAUCAGAUGUUCUGUCUCAACAAUGGCUUCAGACCCUGUAGAAGGUUCUAGAUCUUCACUUUAAAGGCAUAU